CACAUCGCUGCACCGGCACUCGGUGUUUCCUCUCUUUUCUCCCUCCUUUCUCUACAUGGCACCGAAGCAGCCCUGCGCGAAAUACCAAUACGUCGUCACUUCCUCGGGGCCCAAGAUCGUACCUGUCCCAGAUGCCUAUUCUAAGGACGAGGAGGCUCCCGCCGACUACAACACUGGAGGUUAUCUCCAGGUGAAGAUUCGCGAUACUUUCAAGGACGGAAGAUACCUCGUCCUUCGCAAGUUAGGCUGGGGACACUUUUCGACUGUAUGGCUCGUCAAGGACAAUCAUACCCGCAAACACUCUGCUUUGAAGGUGGUUAAGUCGGCAGGCCGCUAUGCGGAGACUGCCCGCGACGAAAUCAAACUAUUGCGCCAAGUAAUGGACGCAAACAUAUCGCAUCCAGGGCGUCAUCACGUUGUCUCCUUCCUCGACCACUUCGAGCACCCGACUCCCGAUGACAACCACAUAUGCCUCGUGUUCGAGCCAUUAGGCGAGAACCUCCUUGCGCUCAUCGAGCGCCACAAGAAGACUGGCGUCGCUGUUGACCUGGUCAGGGUCAUCGCGAAGCAGCUGCUUCUUGGGCUGCAAUAUCUCCACGACGAAUGUGAUUUAGUCCAUACCGACAUAAAGCCGGAGAAUAUACUUAUCUCGAUACCGGACGUAGAGGCUCACAUCCAGGAUGAGCUGUCACGUUCCCCUUCACCCACAUCCAGGAAGGUAGUCGUCCCUCCUAAGCAACUCACACGAGCCUCAGUUGCGAUACCACGCCACAAGAGCACUCGUGAGCGUCAAGUCGAGAUCUUUGACUCGCAGCCACUCUCCAGCCCAUCCUCCUAUAGUUGUCCCAACUCCCCCGCACGCCUGAGCUAUAUCACUCGUGUCGCUUCCGCACAGAGCGCAUCCGCGUCGAUACCAUCCUCGUUUAGGAGAAUGAACGACGUCCGAAGAAAGAGCGUAACCAAGCUCGCUCUAACCACCGGCCCCUUCGCUGAGUCGACCUCAUCGACGCCAGACGGUUCAGACUCGAGCAGGAGUGGAUGCUCUAGCUCGGCCUACGACUCUGUCAUGGUAUCCUCGAGCGUGGCGACGUCACUGAGCAACGAUACCCCUCCUACAUCGGUCGCGAGCGUCGCCAGCGCCGUCGAUAAGAUGAGAUUCACCUCCGCCGAGAAGGCGAAGGAGGACAACUGCACCUGCACAUGCGGUGUCGAGUCGGCCGCAGAAGACGAUGAACGGCGUCCAGAGCGUCCCACACGGCCCGCCGCUGGUCCAUCGUUACUCACCCAGACCGCACCUCGCGACCUAGCAACCUCGACCUCAUCCAUAUGUUCACAACAUUCCACCUCCUCUCGUCCAUCUGCCGACGCUCACUCCGUAUGCUCACAAGACCCUACCCCCAUGCCUCCUCCACUUCCCAUCUCGAUCAAGAUCGCGGACCUCGGGAAUGCGACCCCCACUCACAAGCACUUCACCGAGGAUAUCCAGACAAGACAGUACCGUUCGCCCGAGGCGAUCGUCGGCCGGACAGACUGGGGCGCGACGGCGGACAUCUGGUCCGUCGCCUGCGUCGUGUUCGAGCUACUCACCGCGGAGUACCUCUUCGACCCACAGAGCCAGGGCGACCUGUUCGGCAAGGACGACGACCACAUCGCGCAGAUCAUCGAGCUGCUGGGCGAGUACGGCGAGACGAAGUGGAACGGGAGGUUUAGCCGGGACCUGUUCGACAGCUCAGGUUCAUUACGCUACAUCCGGAGCUUGAAGCCAUGGCCAUUGAAACGUGUGAUGGUCGAGAAAUACCUCUGGUCGGAGAAGGACGCGGAGGCGCUCUGCUCGUUCCUCGAACCGAUGCUCACCAUCGACCAUCGCGAGCGCAAGCACGCGCGAGACAUGGUCGACCACCCAUGGCUUGAAGUCGAUCCGCUCAGCGAGGAUCUGUGGGGCUGGUAAGCGCCUCGGGCCUGAUCGGCUUGAGGCCCUUGGCGCUUGGGGCGCGAGCACACGUUCGCGCAGGGGAGCGAGGAUGUGGUCAACUGAGCGGCAAGUACUGAUGGGUGUUAGGCCGGGGUACUUAUGCUCGUCGGGCACCCAGCGCUGGGCGGAAGUGACGAGCGAUGGUGUGGGAUGUCGGGAGAUGGCGUGACGCAUCGUGCGUGACGUGCUACUCGUGCGUGGUGAUGUGGUCGCUUGUGGUCGUCGACGGGGCUGCUUGUUUUCAUUUCCACCCAACUCUUCCUGUUCAUCACCCAGGACGGUGUGCCCCACCUGCUCUUCUGUCGUUCGGAGCUUGCUUGACCUUUAUUCUAUUCGGUCUGGUGGUGAUGUGCGAUCACGCGUUCUCACCGCUGUCUUUUCAUUGAACCCUUUGCUUUAUGCUGGCACACGCCCCAUCCCCGUCCUUGCUUCUGGUUUCUGUCUCGAUCCUAGUUUUUAUCCUGGGUUUCCUUUGCGUUCGGUUCACGUGCACAUCGAUCCUAGAGACUUAGACUGCCACCCAUGCAUCACCACUUCCGUCCUUUUACUGAAUGCGUCACCUCCCCUAGUUCUAAUCCGCGCUUACCCAUCCCAAUGCGAAACACCUAAUACUGCAACCCUUGCAACCUCAUCCUACAUCCAUGCAUCCUACAUCCCCAACCGCGCUGACCUUCCCGCAUAUCAUUAUAGGGCCGUACAUAUGCGUCUU